AUGGCCACUAAACACCGAUACUACCGCAUAACCAUCUUCGUCAAUCGCGUUCCCGAGAUGAGUGAGGAUGAGUUUCACAAGCACUGGUCAUCAACGCACCGACAGCUUGCAGAGGACUCCCUUAUCAAGUAUGGCAUUGCCAAAUAUCGACAGUACCAUACACCAUCAGCUCUCGUGCCAGAAGCUGAAGCCAAAUGCCCCGGUUUAGACAAGGUUAACAAGCUGGGCUUUGAUGGGGCUGCUGACUUUAUCAUGGCCGACAUUGAGUCGUUCUACAAGUUUCGGCAAGAUCCGUAUUAUGUCUCGCACAUCGACGCCGAUGCAGCAAUUCUGUUUGACUGGGAGAGUGCCCGGUGGACGGUGGGAUGGGAGGAAGUGUAUGUCAAGGACGGACGGGUGGUUGACAUGCCCGACGGAGAAGACUGA